AUGUUCAAGCAUGUAACUCUCUACUUGGAUGGUCAUGACUCUCGAGCAACAUAUGGGGAAGAUAAAGCAGCAAUGUAUUCUUAUAAGUUAAAGAAAUCGGGUUUGAGAACGCAAGUGGCCAUCGAUGCCAAUGGAAUGGUUCUCUUUGUAUCCAAAUCAGCGUCAUGUCGUGAUAACAACGAUGGGAAAAUGUUACAAGAGAUGGGCAUUGGCAAGAAGAUGGACAGCAUGGACUGUAUUGCUCUCGAUGGAGGAUAUACACAAUACAUUGGCGAUAUUGUGGAAAAAGAAAAGUUGGACGAGCGUAACUUCUGUUUUCCCAUCCGUAAGAAACGACUACAGCAACUCCACGAAGAGGAAUCCAACUUUAAUGCUAUGUUUGGUGGAUUUCGAUCUACGUCAGAGGCUGUCUUUGGUGAUCUCAUGAAAACAUUCGCCAAGUUUAAUAACAAGGAGAUUAAAUCGGGUUUGAGAACGCAAGUGGCCAUCGAUGCCAAUGGAAUGGUUCUCUUUGUAUCCAAAUCAGCGUCAUGUCGUGAUAACAACGAUGGGAAAAUGUUACAAGAGAUGGGCAUUGGUAAGAAGAUCAACAACAUGGACUGUAUUGCUCUCGAUGGAGGAUAUACACAAUACAUUGGCGAUAUUAUGGAAAAAGAAAAGUUGGACGAGCGUAACUUCUGUUUUCCCAUUCGUAAGAAACGACUACAGCAACUCCACGAAGAGGAAUCCAACUUUAAUGCUAUGUUUGGUGGAUUUCGAUCUACGUCAGAGGCUGUCUUUGGUGAUCUCAUGAAAACAUUCGCCAAGUUUAAUAACAAGGAGAUUGUUCGAGUUGGAUCUAAAAAGGAGUUUAAUCUUACACUCCGCCUUUGCCUUCUCUUGCUAAAUGUUCGCAACUUUGUCAAAGCAGUCGACAUCGAAGAGCAGCCACAUCAUCGUGGAUGGAUGGAAGAAGGAGUAGAUUAUCCACGAGAAAGGCAACUUGUUCCAGAGUUAACACAAACCGUUACAGUACAAAACAAACUGGAAUUCAAAUGGUCUUGA